AUGCGGUUAUGUGAAGGAAUGAAUGCUCCAUGUCUACACCUCAUAGCAGCAAUCAAGUUUUCAAAUCAGCUGUCACGUGCAGAAUUGCAUCUUGGGGAUGCAUGGUCAACCAAAACGUAUCGACUUGUUUACGAUGAAGCACUCGAAGUGGAGCCAUUUGUGACAAAAAGUGGACUGGUAAAGAGUGAGAAUCUUCCACCAAAUCCGUUCGGAAGAAAAGGUCGACCAAAAAAGAAGCGAAUCGAAUCACAGCAUGUCACACUAGAAGUUGACGCGCCAAAAAGUAUUUUUCGAUGCGGCAGCUGUAGUCAAGUGGAGCACAUCAAGCGUCGAUGCACCAGUAAUCGGUAG